AUGAGUGAACGAGGAAAAGGAAAAGGACUGGCGACGUUUGCGCUCUCUUCUUCUUCUUCUUCUUCUUCUUCCUCUCCUGAAUCUUCUCUUCUCGACCACCACCUUUUGGGAGAUGAAAGGGAAGAAGAAAGGCUGGAACGACGGCGGUAUGACUACCAGUAUUAUUCAGGUGAUGAUGAUGGUGAUGAGGAUGCGCUCUUAUCAGACUUUGACGAACUCGAAUACGACGACAAAACCAUUUUCGACAUCGAAGGAGAAGAAGAGGAAGAAGAAGAAGAAGAAGAAGAAGAAGAAGAAGAAGAGCGCGACGUUGCGAGGACGACUUUCGACAGAAACGCGUUGGUAUGGCUACGUCCUGAUGUUAUCGAUGGGAACGACAAAAGUACCGGCGCGAGGAACAAGAGCGGACGUGUUGAAGAAAAAGAAAACGAGUUGCUCGCGUGGGAUGCCGUGCGUGAGGACGAGAACAGAUUUACGCUUUUGAUGCCUUCGUCGUUGUAUUCUGCGAGCGCGCGGCGUUCCGCGGUGGAUUUCGACUUCCUGUACGAGCGCGCGUUCAUCGGCGCAAAAGAUUUUAAUUUUAACAGUGGCAAGCAUGGAAACGCCACGAAAUGCAUUUGCGCAGACGAGUCGAAUUUAGUGACGAUGUGUAUCCGCGCCGUCAUGGGAGACGUAUCUUCGAGACGCUUACUGAGAGCUAUAUCGUUGGAUUCUCUCGACGACAGCGGAAGCAUUUCCGUGCGUUUUCGCGGGGCGAGCGUUGGAGCGACCAAAAACGUACUGUCGCAGUUUUACGAAACGUCUCGUCUGCAAAACCGCGCGCGUGCGUUUGCGACAAAACAAAUGGAAAAAGAGAGCGGCGAUUCGACUGCAAAUGCAUUUCAAAAGUGCGUUUUGAAAAUACUCCAGGCUAUAGACGCGUCAUUGAGCGCGUUCGCGGAAGCGUGCAUUCAACGCAGAGCCGACGAGGGGGAAGAAUACGAGAAUGAAGAUGAACACGAACGAAAUGCAAAUCGAAACGAUGCAUCAACGACGCUUCUCGAGUUUGCAUUCCACACGCGGGAUAUACGGAAACAGAUUGCCUCGUUGGCGGCUUUGGUCGACAAGGUACAAAAACGGUGGCGCGCGAUGAAGCACCGCAAGUCUCGCGCUCUUUUGUUGCCAUCGGUAUCGCCUCAUCGGUAUCGUCAAAAUGGUAAUAAAAGUACUGCUUCUCACUAUUCCUACGGCAGCGUAGCUCUAGAUGUGCUCUCUCGGGAGAUUCAAGAUUUACACUACAACGACUACGUAGACAUCGAGCUCGAGCAAAGGAGCGUACUGAAGCUCUUUGAAAUUUUAUUCAUUUCCACGGCAAAACCUGUGCUAGUUGAAGGCAUCGUCAACGCGUGCUUUUCGUCGAAUAAUUCUUCGUUAUCUAAUGACGGUGAAUGCUUAAAGAAGGCGUGCGAUGUGUUGCUUCAGAAUAAAUCCGACGCGAUUCGAAAACUGAGAAGCAUAAAAAAUUCCACGCGGGAUAUUCACCGAGAGCAGAAGCUUGCUCAAUUUAGUGCGGGCAUGCGCGCGUGUAAAUUGCUGCUCUUCUCAUCGACGUCCGAUAUGGCGAAUAUCGAUUCGGAUGCAACUUCUAUCGUUCACUUCUUCACCAAAGAAAGGGGUGUCGCUCGAGAAGAAAUCUUUCGAGAAGUUUCUCGAACGUUGGAUGAAGCUAUUGAUACGACGGAUACUCUUCGCACGCAAGAAAAAGACUCAAUCGAAUUUGAACACAGAGAACGCGUGCGCGUACAACGGGAGAUAUUUGAGGCGCGCGUGCGCAAACACGAGCUCGAGCGAGAAGAAAUUCGUCAGAAAGCCAAGGCCAAGAAGAAAGAAUUAGGGGAUGCCAGACGCUUGGAAAUGUUUGAACGCGCAGAGAGGAAAAAAGAGGCAAAAGUGAACGAGUUGACUGAAGAUUUAGAAAGAUUAGGGACGUUUAGCGGAAGUGCUGUGAAAAAGCGUGUGCGACUGUUGGAAAGUCAAAUGAAUCGAACCGGGGAAGAGGACACGACAACGGACCCAAAUGCAGAUACAACUGGGGAUGUUUUCCUCGACGUUGUUGUCGCGGUUGAAGAAAAUCACGAAGCAGCAGCAGCAGCAGAAGAAGAAGACUCGAAAGACGCGGAGAAGUUGGCAGAGAAGACCAUCUUGGCUGCCGACGACACGAUGGAAACGGAUCUGCCACCGCGUGCUUCAUCGGUGACUUAUUCAUCCCUUCCCUCACGCGUCGUCAUGUGUAAACGAUCGCUCGUGGACGUCACCGCGAGUAACCUUUGGGCGUUUCUCGAUUUUCUUCACGAAAAAGUUUCUAGAGUGCACGUUUCGUAUCUUCUCAAAGAUCAUGAAGUUGCGAGUCACGCGAAAUAUAUCGCCGAAAUCAUCUUCGGCUUGAGUGGCGAUGUCAUAGAAACGCUGUGCGAGAGGAGAGAUGAUGAUUCGUAUGAUGAUGCUUUCGUCUCUUCUUCUUUUGAAAUCACCUACUUCACGAACGAUGAGUUGCGAGAUGCGUUAGAACGCGCAAAUAUUUCUUCGAAUGUCGUUAAAGAUCGAUUUAGAAUCGUCUACUCGAACGAGAGCACGUCGUCAAGGAAUACGAAAUCUAUCAAGUGUCUGUCGUACGCGCUUCCGGAUCAACUGAAGCGUUCGAAUCUGUUUGGUAUCGACUUUGAAGAAAAAAUUGAAGCGGUUUCGGAGUUUGUUUUGAGAUUGAAAUCCAUUCGCGCGAUGCUCCAAAAUUUACGAAAAAUUUCGAACUAUCUCGACCGCGCCACGUACGUUCACGAUAACGCACGGAAAUUAGACCACGCUUCGAAGGAAGCGACCGUUUUGAGAAGACGAUUACGAAGUUUCCAAGAGCAGUUGUUUGAGUUGGAGCGGUUCGCGACGCAUCUUGAAAGAUCGUGCGGAGAAAAUAUCCGGCACGCGACGGACGUAUUGAUUUCGUCAAUGAACGCGUUGUCCACUGAAAUCGAUGCAAACGAUGCAAAGGCAAUGCUUGCAAAGUGGUUAAAUGCGUGUGUGGCGGCUUCGUUCUCGUCGAAGGAUUUUGCCAGGGCGAGAAAGGUCAUAGAACAGGGUUUUCGAAAUAUUCAUUUGUUUGCUCAGCAAACGUUCAACGCGUAUAACGAUGCAGAUCCGAAUGCGCUUUUACUUAACGCGGUGUUUAUCAGCACGACAAACGGUUUGCGAGGUGAGUUCAUCGGGAGUGUCGUCCGUGUAUUUCCGUUUUAG